AUGUUUAAGAAACCUUCAAAUUUGCUAAAUUUAAUGCUAAAAUAUGGCAGUAAACUGCUAAUGGUAUCAUAUUUUGUAAACGCUGAAUAAGCAAAGAUAAUAAUAGAAUUUUACAAAUUAAUAAAUUAAGCAAUAGAAAUUAAUUAAAUGAAGAAUUUUUUGUCAAAAAGAAAUAAAAGUUCCCCUUAUAUUAAAGACAAUAAUGCUUUGCCUUCUAUAAAAUCUCAAGAAAGUGUUAAAUGUGUAUCGAUUAAGAGCAUAGAAACAGAUGCUGGAAAUUAAUCCUUUGGAAAACUAAUAAAUAAACAACGAAAAUCCUCAACAUUAAUAAAUAAUCAUGUCAAAUUUGCUAGCGAUACUUAAAUCAGCCCAUUAAUAAAUAAUAAUUCUGAACACUUUUUACACUCAAACAACAAACUAAGGUCUUUGAUAAGUACUAAAGAUACUUUAGAGUGUAUUAAUUAAUCUGCAAGUUCCAUGCCUCUGAUUCCGUAGGAAUAAAAAAGUUAAAUAACUCAUUAAUCUAUUAAGAAAAAUACUUCAAAAAGCUUAGUUGAUUUGUUUAGCAAAAAUAAGAAAUAAAAAUCUGAUAAGGAAAUUAAAGAAGAAAAUGGCUUUUAACUUGGUUCAACGAAAUACUAAAUUAAAAAAUAAUAAUUUUAUAAUGAAGUAUCAGAAUUGUAAAAAUUAAUAAAUAGCACGUAAAUAAAAAGGGAAAGUAAAAAAUUGACAAGUUUAAUGAAUAGAAGAGACUCUCAUCUUUUUCACUUUUUCUAGCCUCUCAUAUAGCUCUCAGUUUUAAAUGAAGAUUAUCAUUAAUAUUCAAAGUAUUAAGGAAUAAGCCCUAUAAUCAUGAAAGAAUAUACAAACUAAAACUAUUUGAGUAAUGUUUUAUAAAAUAAUGGAACAGGUCUGAUACUAGUUGAAAAUUUUGGGGUAGUAUCUGUAAUACCUUCUUUUGAAUUUGUGGUUAAAGAAAGUGAUUGCUAUAAACAUCCAAUGGACACAAAUUUUUUAGUUGAUAUUAUGAAGGAGCUUGUUCUAUAUUAAUUUUAAAUUGCAAAUUUUAUUGAUCAAGAGAUAAAUGAAAUGUGUAAAGAGAUUGUUUUAAAACAUUGCUACUUUGCAUAAAACUACAAAUCAGAAAAAGCAGAUUUUAUAUAAAGCUACAUUCAUUGGACUGUAUAUAAAAAACCUUUAGAGUAGUUGAGAGAUAAUGGAAGAAGCUUUAAUGAUUUAAUGCUAACAGUGUAUUUAGGUCAUGAAUAAAUAGAUUGCCCUGAAUCUAUCUUCAGCCCAACAGGCAAAAAUAGCUACUUGCCAAGUCUUUAAGACAUUAUAAGAUCUACAUUAAGAAAAUUUUCUUAUGAAGAAAUAGAACAAAUAUUAAGUAAUGUAAUUUGCAUAGGUAAUUAUUUCAAUCUGAAAGGAUUUAAAGAAAGACUCAGAUAGGAUUUAAAAAAUAUGUAUAAAACUAUAGAUAUUCAGCCAGAAAUAAGAAUAUUUUAGAUUUGA